AUGUCGACAUUCGGUGAAUACUUCAGAGUCACCACCUAUGGCGAAUCACACUGCCGCUCUGUCGGCUGCAUCGUCGACGGCUGUCCGCCGGGCAUGGAGCUCACCGAGGAAGACAUCCAGCCGCAGAUGACACGCCGACGGCCGGGCCAGAGCAAUAUCACCACGCCGCGGAACGAGAAGGACAGAGUCCUUAUCCAGUCGGGAACCGAGUUUGGCGUCACCCUUGGGACGCCAAUUGGCAUGAUGGUGCUGAACGAGGAUCAGCGGCCAAAGGACUACGGAAACCAAACCAUGGACCUUUACCCGAGACCCAGCCACGCCGACUGGACCUAUCUGGAGAAAUACGGCGUUAAGGCAAGCAGCGGAGGGGGGAGGAGUAGCGCGCGAGAGACCAUCGGCCGUGUCGCGGCUGGCGCCAUUGCCGAGAAGUAUCUGAAGCUGGCCUAUGGCGUCGAGAUUGUCGCCUUUACUAGCUCUGUCGGCAGCCUACACCUGUUCCCGCCGACAGCAGAGCACCCCAGUCCGAGCACAAAUCCGGAAUUCCUGUCGCUCCUCCAGACCAUCAGCCGUAAGGAGGUUGACAGCUUUCUCCCCGUCAGAUGUCCCAACGAAGCUAUGUCGAAGAAAAUGGUAGACUACAUCUCGGACUUCAAAGACCGCAACGAUAGCAUUGGUGGGACGGUGACCUGCGUCAUUCGCAAUGCUCCCAGCGGUCUGGGUGAGCCCUGUUUCGACAAGCUCGAGGCCAUGUUGGCACACGCGAUGCUGAGCAUCCCAGCCACCAAGGGCUUCGAAAUUGGAUCUGGUUUCGGUGGCUGCGAAGUCCCUGGGUCAAUACACAACGAUCCCUUUGUCCCGGCGGCAAAUGUGGAGCUCCCGCCUGGCGUCGCCGAGAGCGGAGCUGCCAAGUCCGGUCAUCCGCGACCGAAACUAACGACCAAGACAAACUACUCUGGCGGCAUCCAGGGCGGCAUCUCCAACGGCGCCCCAAUCUAUUUCAGAGUCGCCUUCAAGCCACCCGCAACUAUUGGACAGGAGCAGUUGACGGCGACGUACGAUGGAGAAUCUGAGGGUGUCUUGGCGGCCAAGGGACGGCACGACCCCUGCGUGGUCCCCCGGGCCGUUCCGAUUGUGGAGGCCAUGGCGGCCUUGGUCCUCAUGGAUGCUGUUCUUGCACAACAGGCAAGGCACACUGCAAAGAGCCUGCUGCCUCCGCUGAAACAGACCAUAAACUCCGGGAAGCCGGCUGGGAAUGGCGUUACCGAGGAGGAGGUGAAGAGUCAAUAG